AAACGUUAGAUAUAUUUGUUGCACACUUGAUAGCUUUACAACAUUAUCGGUGUUGGAAGGAUUUAUUCACGGCGGAUAUGUCGUCGGUUAGACAAGGCACUAUGGUUUAGAAUGCUUUUUAUGUACCGAGCAUUUGCCGAGCAUAACAGUGUGCCACCAAAGUGCCACCACGGUAUAUAGAGAGUGCCACCAAAGUGCCACGCUCUAAUUUUCAUAUGAAUCUUAAUAUUUAUCUUGAUCUGAAAAAAAUGUCCAGGCCAAACAGGUUAUUUCAAUUUUGACUGUUAAAGUACCGGGUGUUUGUGUUUAGAGAGUGACUGGUGAGAGAUUGCACAAUGAUGUUUUAUGAUUCAAGAAAUGAUAAGCUUCAAACUGACUGAGCAAUUAACUGCUGAUAAUGUCUGGUCUCCGGCGACUGUUGCACCACACGGCGCCCGGUCGUCAGCGGGCCGCGAGUACGAACUAUGACGUCAUCGUGGUGGGCGGCGGCCACGCGGGCUCCGAGGCUGCUGCGGCGGCGUCCAGGCUGGGGUGUCGUACCCUGCUGGUCACGCACAAAACGGCCACCAUCGGGGAGAUGUCAUGCAACCCAUCGUUCGGUGGCAUCGGCAAGGGCCACCUGAUGAAGGAAAUUGACGCGCUAGACGGCAUUUGCGCCAAAGUCUGUGAUCUCUCCGGCGUACAAUACAAGGUUCUGAACCGUCGUAAGGGCCCGGCGGUGUGGGGUCCGCGUGCGCAGAUCGACCGCAGUCUGUACCGGCGUCACCUGCAGAAGGAGCUGCUGUCGACGCCCGGUCUGCAGGUGCUGGAGGCGUCGGUGGACGACCUGGUACUCAGUGACGGCGAGCGGCCCGGUACGGCCGUCUGUACAGGGGUCCGGACAGGGGACGGCCGGCAGCUGAGCGCCCCCUCCGUGGUGCUCACUGCCGGUACCUUUCUGCGCGGUCAGAUCAGUAUCGGUACCGACCAGUGGCCGGCCGGCAGAGUCGGCGACAAGCCGGCCAUCCACCUGGCUCAGGCGCUGGAGAGACUCCAGUUCCGAAUGGGACGGCUCAAAACUGGAACACCCCCGCGGGUGUUGAAGCGGAGUAUCGACUUCAGUCGCCUGCAGGCACACUGGGGCGACGCUGAGCCCCAGCCGUUCUCCUUCAUGAACGACUCCGUCUGGCUAAAGCCGGAGGACCAGCUGCCCUGUCACAUGACCUUCACGACGUCCGAGGUGGGUGACAUCGUCAGGAGCUCGCUGGAUCGGAACCUCCACGUCAAGGAGGAGAUCAACGGACCGCGCUACUGUCCCUCCAUCGAGUCCAAAAUACUCCGUUUCGGCGACCGGAGUCACCAGGUGUGGCUGGAGCCGGAGGGUCUGCCCACCGACCCGGACUCCGACCUCAUCUACACACAGGGCCUCUCGUGCACCAUGCCGGAGGAGCUGCAGCUGAAGAUGCUGCACCAGCUGCCUGGCCUGGAGCGGUGUACCAUGGUCAGACCAGGUUACGGUGUCGAGUACGACUACAUCGACCCGCGCGAGCUGCAUCCCAGUCUGGAGACGCGGCGGGUGCGGGGUCUGUACCUGGCCGGCCAGGUGAACGGGACGACGGGGUACGAGGAGGCGGCCGCACAGGGGCUCAUCGCCGGGAUCAACGCCGCCAGACAGUCCCGCGGCUCUCCCGCGAUGACUCUGGACCGCACCGAGGGCUACAUCGGCGUGCUGAUCGACGACCUCACCGUGCAGGGCACCACCGAGCCGUACCGCAUGUUCACCUCUCGCGCAGAGUUCAGACUCACCCUGCGGCCCGACAACGCCGACCUCCGACUCACCGAGAAAGGAUACCGUCAUGGUGUUGUCGGGGAGCGCCGCUACGGCCACCUCUGCGCCACGCGGGACCGUCUACAGGAGGUGUCGGUGGCCCUGCAGGAGCACCGGCUAACGCUGACCGAGUGGAGACGACGCCUGAGGCUGCCGGCCGGCUCCAGCGCCGGACAGAAGUCUGCGUUUGAUCUUCUUGGAGUUGGCAAUGAGGGUGUGCAGCUGAGUCAGAUCCUGGAGGCCUUCCCCGAGCGCUACUCUGCGUUAGGAGACGUGGAUCCGCGGCUUCACGCUCGUGUGAAGAUCGAGGCCCUGUACGCGUCUGCCAGCGAGGCCCAGCAGGCAGAGGUGGAUCAGGUGCGCAGGGACGAGAUGCUGCUGAUUCCCGACGACCUCGACUACACGAGUCACAAGAUCUCAAUAUCUAUGGAGGAGCGGGAGAAGCUCAUGGCCAGUCGUCCGCAAACGAUCGCGGCGGCCAGCAGGAUCCCGGGCGUCACUCCUGCGGCCAUCGUCCGUCUGCUCAACUAUGUCCGACGCCGGCCGAGCGUGGCUCAGGCCUGAACCAGGUGCUCACCGCACGACACACUGCACACCGCGCACGCAUCUGUGUGGUGCACGCGACUGCAGGCCUGAUGGCAAGCCUUAAGUCACUGCAGCUACAAUAAGUUAUCGGCAAUAUGUGUGUGUGGCACUGAGAGGCAAUGCACGUUACGCACUCAAUGUUGUAUUGUUGUGAGUGUUUUAGUGUCAUAUACAUGGAUUACAGAUUGUG